GUAAUACAAAUAGUCUUCGUUGGAUUCAAGCAAUGUUAAAUCGAUUUGCAAACAUCAAAUUGUGAGUAGCUUCUUCGCUCACAUUUGCUGUUGUUGUUGUCUUCUCUACCUGAACAAUUUUCAAGCAAUCUAUGUGGUUCCGUGACUAGUAGUGCGUAUCGAAUUUUUGCGAUGAUGAUGUAAACUAUUGGGUUUUGAGUUUCAGUUUUAAUAGAUCCAUCAUCACACAAACACAACAAUGAAAGAAACAGAAGAAAAACGGAGUGUAUUGCAAGAAGCAGAGGCUUAUGUUAGCCUCAUACAAACAGAUGGUGUCAACAAUCCAGUGGAUAUAGAUGUAGACAGUUACACGAUGCAGUUACCGGAAUGGUAUGACGAGAUUCUAUUCAAAAGAGCUCAAGAUUUCUACUUCAAAAAUAUGUUUGCAAUGAUGGCUGGCAAAUUAUGUGGAUUACUAGCAGUUUUGGCUGUGCCAAGCAUUUUGAAGAUUUUGAUUUGUACCAAGGCAUCAUCCAAUUCAUGCACCGCUUAUAAACGUUACAUCGAAACAAUAUUCCAUACAAAUUCAUGGUAUGAGAACGACCUAAAACCAGGUUCACGGUCGUGGAAAUCAUUGGAAGCGGUGCGAAAGGGACAUAUAAUGGCAAGCAAGUACACUGAGAAAAAGAAGUCCGGAUUCAUAUCACAACGUGAUAUGGCAUUAACGCAAUUUGGUUUUAUGGGAUACAUUAUUCUAAAGCCGGACAAGCUCGGUAUUCAAGUAUCUAACAAGGAUUUUGAGGCUUUUGUUCAUUUUUGGCGUGUCAUUGGGCAUUUGAUCGGCAUCCAAGAGAAAUAUAAUUUAUGUACAGAUUCUUAUCGUACGACAAAACUACGCUUAGAAUUAGUACUGGAUAAGGUCUAUCGGCCGCUCUUGGAGGAAACAUCAAACGAUUUCAUGAUAAUGGCCAAAGCAUUAAUUGAAGGUCUUUGGUGUCUCAAUCCGAUGCUCGAUUGUGAUGCUAUUGUUUACUUCACAAAAUGGAUGUCAGAUUGCAAAAACUAUUUGUAUUAUGAGAGCGAUACACGGGCAGCCGAUGUUGAUUUGGAUGAAAGUCGAAAGAUAAUUCAAUCAUUUAACUGGUACACACGAUGGAUAAUUUUCAUUCAAAUUACAUCACACACAUAUCUUGCAAAUUUUUUCUUAUUCCGAUGGUAUUUCAACAAUCAAGUUUGGUUAAAUCAAUAUAUCAUUUAUUGGUUUCCAUUUUUGGCUUUCUAUAAAUUUGGAAUUAAAAAUUCAUAUGUUCGCAUAUUGAGAGGAACUAAGUGAUCAAAACUCAUAACUAAAAACACAUUCGUUUGUUACGAUGAAAAUAUUUAUAUUCUCAAAUAAUUUGUACAAUAAAUAUUCAAUAAAAGCAUAUUGAAUAGAAUUACAUUGAAAA